AUGAGUUUACGAAGGCAAAAAGUGGACCCUGACAUACCAAAUAGAAUCAUCGCACCCGAAGAAAAAACAAAGAGUCCCGAAAUAAACAUCGGUGUGUCGUCAGUGGUAUAUGGGUUCGGUGACAUCAGACGCGGCGCCAAACUAUGGUUGUUCGAGCUAACGGUCGCUCUCGUGUUUUAUCCCGGCUUGAAGAUUUAUGCCGGGUUACGAAAAUCUAUCAGGGAAUAUCCAGGGUUACGCAGACUAUUGUCCAUAGUAGGAGCAUUAAGCGUAAUCGCACUGGAAACAUCUCUAGUGGCUGUCCCAGUGUAUGAGCAAGCUUAUAAGCAUUUACCAUUGGCGUCGUCAGCCAUUGUUACUUGUGAAAUGUUUCGUUUCGUUAUGAAAAUUUGCGCUGUUGCUGUUGCUUGUAAGAACCGGCUACACGAUGGGAGUACAAAAAUACCCUCAUUUUCACACUAUCUAUACUUCCUAUUCGCACCUACGCUUAUCUACAGGGACGAGUACCCCAGAACCAAGAAAAUUAGAUGGGGUGUAGUAGUUUUCCAUUUUAUCGAAGUAACUGCUAUAAUAUUUUUCAACAUAUUCCUAUGGGAGCGUUUCAUAUUACCUUAUUGGUCAGAUUAUGGAAAGGAAGCUAAGGUGGAGGCCGGCUUUGUUGUACGCAAUAUGUUUGUGUGUUUACUGCCCGGUAUUAUGUGUUUUCUCAGCGGGUUUUACUGCAUCCUACAUGCAUGGCAAAAUGCUUUUGCAGAGAUGCUGAGAUUCAGAGACCGUCUUUUUUAUGAAGAUUGGUGGACCUCUUCUCGUUUUUCUUGUUACUUCCGAGCCUGGAAUCUUAUAGUACAUAAUUGGGUGCACGUCCACGUUCUUUCCAUAUUAGCCCCGCGUGUUGGUCGAGCUUUGUCCAUUACAUUAAUAUUUUUAUUAUCGGCUGCAGUACACGAAGUGGUUUUGGCCCUUUCUUUCGGUUUCUUUUAUCCAGUGAUGAUGAUAGAAUUUGCAGUAUUUGGUCGUUUAACGCUCCCAUUAACGGAUUCUGGUGGACGUCGCUUUCCUAACGCAUUUAAUAUUAUAGCAUGGAUAUUUUUAUGGUUUGGCAAUGGUCUAUUAUGGAGCUUAUACAGUAUGGAGUAUUUUUCGAGAAAAAAUUGUCCAAAAUCUGAUAGAGACAGUUUCUUCGUACCAAAGUCAUGGUCUUGUCCAGAAAUCGUAUUAAACCCAAAUUGGACAUUUCAAAAUCCAUUCGAUAUAAUUUAUUGAUUUUUUUUUUUAAAUAAAAGUGAUGUUUUUUUUAAUUAU